AUGGCCGCCGUCGAACCCUCCGCCGCCACCACCGGCGACGCCCCCAUCAGCUAUUCCCCCGCAGCCCCGUACUCCGCCCGCCUCCGCGAAGCACUGACCACCCUCUCCGAGGCUUGCGACUCCGGCAACUCCAAUGCUUCUGAAACCGCCUCCUUCACCAUCUCCGACAUUCUUGACACCGCAGCCGUCGUAAGUGCCGAGGCCGAUGACGGGAGCGACGACAGCGAAGAUGCGUCAAGGCCAGGGGCCUCCGAAGAGCUGCUCCGCGAGGUGCUCGAGUUUCUCUCGCGCCCGUCAUCGAUCUCGAACCAGAUGGCCCUUGACGCGCUCUCCCUUGUGCUUCCCAAAGCUGUGGCGAAGCUAGGGGCUCAGAUGGGGAGAUGCCGGGAUGUUGCCGCGGCUAUCCUCAAGUUCUUCGUGUCGAAUUGCAGUCCGAGGGACAUGCUCUCCAUCCUCUGUGAGGCAUUAGAUGCACCAAUGGAGCUACCAAAUGGCUUAUCCAGUUUUGUUCUUCUACUCGAUGCACUUGCUAAAGUGCUUACUUUAAUUCAGAGGCGAUAUAUCGAGCAAGUAAAGGUGGCACUACCUGUUGUCCUUAAAGUUAUGCAUGCUGCUGUAUCAGAAUGUGUUGAGGAACAUGGAAGUGCUGCUGUUGAUCUCUUCAAUGCAGCACAUGGCAUUGGCAAUGCCAUUCAAGAAAUGUGCAAAUCAAUGUUCAACAAAAACAAAGAUCUCUAUGCAAUUCUUGGUUUAUACUCCCUUCAGAAUAUAGCUCUUGUAUCACGAAGCAGACAGCAGGAUAUUCUCUCUGCUUGUGGUUCAGUUGUUUUUCAGAGUUUCAGAUUUCUUAAAUCUAGUGGAUUCACCUGUCUUGGUCUGCUAACGGGCAGUGAUGUCACAGCGGCAAUUGAUAAACUUUCCAAAGAGGAAGAUGCUGAUUUUGUGGAGUAUUUUUCCUUUGCUAUGGAUGGUGCAGCACUUUCAGUUGUGUGGACACAUAUGUAUGAUGAUAAUGAUAUGUCAAAGUAUGCUGGAGAACAGUUGGAAUUAGCACUGAAGGAAGUUCAGGGCAACCAUAUGAAGAAAUGGGAAGCAAUUAACAUGCUUAAACAUGUCCUAUCCUCAAUUCAUUACCCAUGGAUAAUCAAAUCCCAUGGUUUAAACUUAAUGCUGAUUCUAGCUGGUGAAAAUCAUGUUGAAGAGAUCAAUAAUCAUGUAGAUUUCACAUGCUAUGCUCCUCGUAUUUAUGCAACACUCAAGGCCAUUGAAAGCGUUAUGAUGGCUGCCCCUGUGGCAUUGGUGCGGAAAAAAGCUUUUGUUGCUUUGAAAAAGGUUAUUUCAAUGGUGCCAUCAUCUCAGAGAUUUGACAUCUUACAUGCUCUUGUAAACAAUAGUACAUCUCCAUCCUUGACUGCAAUUCUCCUUGAUCUAGUGAGGGAGGAAGUUUCGAGAGAGAGUCGCCGAGCUGACAAUGAUUGUGUUGAAGAUGAUGGAUUUCGAGGUAACGGGUUGCCGCGCUGGGCAUCUCAUGCACUUAAGUUAGUCGAGCUGAUUUUGAGGCCUCCAGAAGGUGGUCCUCCUUGCCUUCCUAAUCACAGUGAACAGGUAAUAUCAGCUCUAAACUUGCUAAGAUUUAUUCUGAUAAUAGAUUCAAGAGGAGAAAGAUCUGGAAAAUUGUUUGAGAAAGAGACAUUGCACAAGGUGCACUUGGAGUGGCUGACCCCAUUAAGACCAAUCGUGGCGGAAAUUCAGUUGGAAAAUGAAAAGGAUGCUGAUGAGAUUACAAAUGAGAUAGCGUGCACGUUAAAUCUUGUUCAAUUGGUGCUAUACCGCUGCAUCGAGUUGGUGGAGGAAAAGUUGAAGGGCUGCUAA